AUGGCCCGUGUCAAUGGCCGGAUUCGACGCGGUCGCCCUCGUGUGGUGGAACCGAUGUCGUCUUUCCGAGUGAUUGCAUUCAGCACUAUGUCGUUUUUGGGGAUCAUCGCGAUUUUGGUCGUAUUCACUCUUGUCCGAAAUUUCCACGGGGCGCCCAUAAAGGCGGAAAGCAACUUCUUUUCAGUGGCUGACGAAAUUCCGGACAGUGUCGUGUCCAGGCUGGAUGUCAUUCUGGUUCUCGGUGGCGGCGUCCCGUCGUCCCUGGAUAGCCCACCGGUUUACGUGCAACGCCGAUGCGACGAUGCGGCAGCCGUUGUCUCGAGACACCAAUUGCUGCCUGCUACAUUCUCGAAAAAGUCCACAAAGCCCGUUUCGUCCAAGUCUCUUCCUAUUUUGUGUCUGUCGGCCGGUACGGCUCAUUUACCUCAGUUGCUCAGCGCCAACGGUUUACCCAUUUGGGAAUCGACUUCGUCGGCUGCAUACUUGGAGCAGAAACACAAUAUUCAAAACGUGUUUGUGGAAACUACUUCAUACGACACUAUCGGUAAUGCUUUUUACGCAAGAACGAGUCACACUGAUAUUGUUGGGUGGCGAAAGCUGUUGGUUGUUACCAACGAAUUUCACAUGGAUCGUUCCAAAGCUAUUUUCGAGUGGAUCUUUGGAAUUGACAGUGAGAAAAGAGCAGGCUACGAGCUCUAUUUUUUAUCCUCUUUGGAUGGUGAUCUUUCCGAGGAAGCGCUACGGGCACGUCAAAAUAAGGAAGCCAAAGGGCUGUCGUCGGUUAGAAAAUAUUCUACGAAGUAUCGAACUUUGUCUGAUGUCUGGUCUUUUCUCAAUAACGAACACGAUCUGUACAAAGCCAGCAAGCUAGUGGAGCGUGGUCGUUCCAAUGCGUCGAUAAGCUUGGCUACAGUGCUCGAGAAAGAGAGCUACGGGGCCCACCGAAACCUUCACAGAAACAUUUUUGAUCGCAUAUCAUCAUCGAUCCAUCGCCUAGUCGCCUGA